AUGUGCGUUGUCAUGCUGGCCACGCGCGCCGAGUACGCUUUAAGAGCUGUUGCUUAUCGCUGGGCGAUGCUCGGCGAUAACAAUAACGAUUACGAUGAUUACGACAAUUACCCAUUGUACCCUGUCAAGGGGUUAAGGCCAUCAUCACUGCGAAAAUCGUCCUUCUCCAGCAGCAGCAGCAUCAACAACGCUUGUCCCCCGCCGCCGCCCACGCCACAUCAGAUUCAAACAGCCGGCAGCAGCUGCAGCAGCGCCAUCAGCAAUCAGCUCCAAAGGCAUCAUACGCAUCAGCAUCAUCAUCACCAGCAGCAUCAUCAGCAUCAGCUCCAGCAUCACCAGCAGCACAGGCGCAGCAGCAGCUCCAGCCACGCGGACACAGGUAGCAGCUUGGCCACGAAACCGGCCAUCAAUUUGCUUGGCAAUCGGCAGCAGGUCAACUACUUCGAGUUUCCACCCACCACGCGCAGUGCCGGGUCGCUGCUCGCGAACCGCUAUCCCGCCACCGCCUCCACCCCGUCGCUCCACUGUCAGCCCAGCAGCCCAGCAGCUGCACCCAGUUCCAGUUACAGUUCUGCGGUGGCCAAAGCGGCUGCCUCAACUGCUUGCGCACUUCUUGCCACGUGCCACGUGGCCAGCAGCUCGCCCGCACACUCAUCCCACCACCACCACCAGCAACAGCAACAGGAACCGCAGCAGACCACAGACAGAGACAGCAUGGGUCGGCGCGAGAUUAAGCGUUCCAAUACGAGUGGCUCCACCUCCCGAUCCUACGACAGCGGCAGCGCAACCACAAAUUUUGUUGGGAAGUUCACGCAGAGCGUGCGUCGAAUCGUGCAAGAUGUCAAAGAUGAGGGUGCACCCAGCGGCAUGACCCGUGAUGAGGUUAUCGAAACCAACGAACGCCUACGCUCACUACGCCUGCGUCUCGAGGAGUCGUACGACACGGUAAAGAAAGCACUGAUCAACCUCAUGAACAAGUACGGCGAUUCAAAGAGUCAUCGCAACAUAUUUCAGCGCUACCCCAUGCUCAAGCUAAUGAUAAAGGAAGUAAUACGCCUGGAGACUCAGUACUGGACAUUGGUAGACAUUCCGCGACAGGAGAAACAGGAAACGGUACCCUCAUACGUAAUGCGAGCCUGUUCAAUUAUGGAAAAGACCCAGAAGUCCGGCGAGGGCGUAAAGACAUCGGCUCGGCUGGCCGAGGAGGCCGCCGAGCGCCGGGAGCGGAUGGAGCGUUUAGAACACAUGACAACGGCGCAAAUUGAGCUCGAAAAUACACAGCUGAUUAAUGACUUGUAUCGUCUGCUGAAAAAGUAUCUGGGCCUGCGGCAUUUGAUACGCGUGCUAAAGGAAGAGUACGGCAGCUCAAAGAUGUAUCCGAUAUUUCCACGAUACACAAUGCUCAAGGACAUGAUAAAGGGCAUAAUGCACGACCCGGACUACAUGGAGGUAUGUCACGAAACGCUGGCCAACUCCAACUGAGCCGAGGCAUCCGGAAAUGGCAGGCGUCGCAUGAGUGUCAUUUGAGAGGACCACCCAUAGGCAAAACACACACAAAAACAAAUGCAACAACAGGAUGUAAGUUGUGUGUGUGUGUGCCAAUUUCACAUGCGUCUUUCUGUCAUUCCGUAAAUGUUUAACAAUUUUAAAAAGCCUUUCUUGCUAGUUCCGGAGGAGCGAUGUUGACUUUUGAAUAGUUAGAUACAAAUCUAUAGAUAAAAUUUAGCCAAAUAGUAGGCAAAACCAACUACAAACUACACUAAAGCCCCACCAUAAAUGUAACCUACUAACAAAUACAACUAACUACAACCACAUGCUAAGUAUUUACAGACAGUUGAGUACGGAUAUACUUUGGUAGUUGGGAUAAGAAACCACCCAACCAACAAAAGAAACGCAUUUAUUUUAAUGACUUUUUGAGAUGAAUAUAAAUAACACAAAAUAAACUAAACACACGCGGAUAAUGUUAAAUUCAAAUAUUGUAUGAUUUGCAUAAACUAAUCAAAGAUAACUUCAUAUACAU